AUGCGUGACCUUCUGGAUGAAAGAGACCAGCUCCAACAGACCGAUGAGCACAAAGUCUCCACAGCGAGCCAGUCUGAGUCUGACCUGAAUCCAAAGGAGGACAAGAAGCAAGACUGGGACGCUGUCAAAAAGCAGAUGGAGCGUGACAGAGGGGAAAUUGAGCAGGCAAAGAAAGCGCUUGAGGAGACCAAGAAGGUCCUCCAUAUGGAGAAGGAACAUCUAAAUGAAGAGAAGAAGAACCUGGAAGCUGACAGACAACAUUUAGAGGAGAUCAAGGCUAAAGUGAAGAAAGCCUUCCAGACAGAGCCUGGCCUCAACACACCAGAGGACAAGAAACAAGACUGGGAGACUGUUUUAAAACAGCUGGAGGACGACAGACAAGAAAUCCAGGAGACAAAGAAAGUACUUGAGAAUACCAAGACAGCUCUGGAGAUGGAGAAGGAACAUCUGAAUGAAGAGAAGAAGCAACUGGAAGCUGACAGACAACAUUUAGAGGAGGUGAAAGCAAAAGUGAAGGAGGCCAUCCAGAAAGUCAAAGAGGAAAAGAAAAAAAUCAAACAGGAGAAACAAAUGAAGAACAAGACUGAGGACAAGCAAAACUUGGAGAAUGAAAAGACAGCCCUGAAAGCAGAGGAACAAACUUUGCAGGUGGAGGCAAAAAAAAUGGAAGAUCAUCAUAAAAGAAUCUUAGAAGAAAAUGAAAAUUUGGAAAAACAGAGGUACAAGAUGGAGCAGGAAAAAAAAGCUCUGCAGGAGGAACAAGAAAAGCUGGAGGAAAUAAAGCAAGACCUGCAGGAGAAGAAGAAAGAAUCUGAGGAGACUUCAAAACAACUACAACAAGAAAAGCAAGAACUCCAGGAGCAAAUGAAAAUAUUGGAGGAAAAACAGCACGACCUUCAACUCCAACAGGAAGCUUUUCAGCAUGACCUCAAACUUGAAGAGGAGCAGAAAGAAAAUUUGCAGCAAGAGGCAAAGAAAAUCAGAGAGAGUCAGAAAAUCCUCCAAGAACAAGAGGAUGAUUUAAAAGAACAAAGGGACAAAGUGGAGCAGAUAAAGACAGCCCUGCAGGAUGCACAGAAAAAGUUGGAGGAAAAACAUGAAGACCUGCAAGAAAAGACAAGACAUUUCGAGGAGACUGUAAAAAAACUGGAUCAAGAAAAAUUAGAAGUUCAAGAGCAAAUGAAACUGGUUGAGGAAAACCGCCACCAACUUCAACUCCAAAAGAAAGACUUUCAGCAGUGUGUCAAACAAGUUGAGGAGGAAACAUCUAAACUGAUGGAAGCAGAUAAGAAAAACAAGGAGAUGGAUGAAAAGCUGCAGGAGAAAGAGUUUGAGCUAAACCAGUACAAGAACAGACUGGAGCAGGAGUCUAAAGAGAUGGAGGAAGAGAAGAAGAAGCUGCAGGUGGAGAGACAAAACGUGGAAGAGAAGAAAGCAGAGCUACAGAAUCUCUGCCAGGAUAACAUUCCCACAGCCCCGGCAGAAGCUACUAUCACAGCCUCACGGUUCCUGAAAACCAUCCUGUUGGUUUCCAUCCCCGCCGCUGUCAUCAUUUCUGGCACAAUGGAACGAAGAGGUCAGCCUCGAGGCCGGGGAGGAUUCACUGGAUCCGACCAAAACGUCUUCCAAGACCGUGCUGAACUCAGAAAGUCCUUGGAUGCUGCUGUGUCUGAAAACAGCUAUCUCAGACAGUACACCAACAAUCUAUGGCAUCGCAUGCAUGACCUUCUGGAUGAAAGAGACCAGCUCCAACAGACCGAUGAGCACAAAGUCUCCACAGCGAGCCAGUCUGAGUCUGACCGGAAUCCAAAGGAGGACAAGAAGCAAGACUGGGACGCUGUCAAAAAGCAGAUGGAGCGUGACAGAGGGGAAAUUGAGCAGGCAAAGAAAGCGCUUCAGGACACCAAGAAGGUCCUCCAGAUGGAGAAGGAACAUCUAAAUGAAGAGAAGAAGAACCUGGAAGCUGACAGACAACAUUUAGAGGAGAUCAAAGCUAAAGUGAAGAAAGCCUUCCAGACAGAGCCUGGCCUCAACACACCAGAGGACAAGAAACAAGACUGGGAGACUGUUUUGAAACAGCUGGAGGACGACAGAAAAGAAAUCCAGGAGACAAAGAAAGUACUUGAGAAUACGAAAACAAAUCUGAAGAUGGAGAAGGAACAUCUGAAAGAAGAGAAGAAGCAACUGGAAGCUGACAGACAACAUUUAGAGGAGGUGAAAGCAAAAGUGAAGGAGGCCAUCCAGAAAGUCAAAGAGGAAAAGAAAAAAAUCAAACAGGAGAAACAAAUGAAGAACAAGACUGAGGACAAGCAAAAUUUGGAGAAUGAAAAGACAGCCCUGAAAGCAGAGAAACAAACUUUGCAGGUGGAGGCAAAGAAAAUGGAAGAUCAUCAUAAAAGAAUCUUAGAAGAAAAUGAAAAUUUGGAAAAACAGAGGUACAAGAUGGAGCAGGAAAAAAAAGCUCUGCAGGAGGAACAAGAAAAGCUGGAGGAAAUAAAGCAAGACCUGCAGGAGAAGAAGAAAGAAUCUGAGGAGACUUCAAAACAACUACAACAAGAAAAGCAAGAACUCCAGGAGCAAAUGAAAAUAUUGGAGGAAAAACAGCACGACCUUCAACUCCAACAGGAAGCUUUUCAGCAUGACCUCAAACUUGAAGAGGAGCAGAAAGAAAAUUUGCAGCAAGAGGCAAAGAAAAUCAGAGAGAGUCAGAAAAUCCUCCAAGAACAAGAGGAUGAUUUAAAAGAACAAAGGGACAAAGUGGAGCAGAUAAAGACAGCCCUGCAGGAUGCACAGAAAAAGUUGGAGGAAAAACAUGAAGACCUGCAAGAAAAGACAAGACAUUUCGAGGAGACUGUAAAAAACUGGAUCAAGAAAAAAUAG